AUGGCAAGUCCCAAAGCAAUAGGGGUUGCAUUGUUGGUUCUACUUCUUGUAGAACUAAGCAUUGCAGCAAGAUCACCAUUUGCCGCAGGAGGUGGAGGUGGUGGUGGUAGCGGUGGUGGAGGCGGUGGAGGGUCUAAUGGCUAUGGUUCCAGGUAUGGGUCAGGUUAUGGUUCUGGAAGUGGUAGUGGACACGGUGGUGCAGGAGUAGGAGGAUAUGGUAGUGGAGGAGGUGGAGGUGGAGGUGGAGGAGGAGGUGGAGGGGGAAGUAAAGGCGGUUCUGGAUCGGGAUAUGGGUCUGGUUAUGGAUCUGGAGAAGGGUCUGGAUAUGGUGGUGCACAUGGAGGUGCCUAUGGUAAAGGUGGAGGUGGGGGAGGUGGAAGUGGAGGAGGUGGGGGUAAGGGAGGCUUAGGCUCAAGUUAUGGUUCUGGAUAUGGAUCGGGAGAAGGUUCAGGUUAUGGUGGUGCACAUGGAGGUGCCUAUGGUAAAGGUGGAGGUGGGGGAGGGGGAAGUGGAGGAGGCGGGGGUAAUGGAGGCUUAGGCUCAGGUUAUGGUUCUGGAUAUGGAUCGGGAGAAGGUUCAGGUUAUGGUGGUGCACGUGGAGGUGGGUACGGCAAAGGUGGAGGUGGAGGAGGUGGAAAUGGAGGUGGGGGAGGUAAUGGAGGCUCAGGUUCCGGAUAUGGAUCAGGAUAUGGUUCAGGAUCAGGCUAUGGAGGUGGUCGUGGUGGGGAUAACUAG